UUACAAAGAGUAGCCGAUGCGCAUGAACAAAACGGCUGAGGCAUAUUCUCGUGAGCACACGUUGUUCCGUUGGUAAUUAGGGUAAUCCUUUGCCGCCUUCUAUGACCGAGUGGGCCUAUCUGAUCACACCCAAACACUACUCAUCAAGUCGUACCGCGGACAAGCUGUCUGUCCAAAGUUGCAGGUCUAGUCGUUCUGUGAAGACAGUGAAGGGAUUCCAUGAGGGUUAUUGGGUCGAAUUUCGCCUUGCCCUUUUUAUCUACUUUGAGGGUGAUGGUAAGACUAGGCUUCACGGUAGACAUCACCAAAGUCACUUUGACCAUCAGUAUGGAAUAUCAGAUAGUCAUCACCAUAUCGCACAGCGCAGCCACUCGAGAGUACAUUUACCAGCCAGCGGGCCGACACCCGGGGAUUUAACCCGGGCUCGACAACAAUGGCAGCAUACAUAUGGAAAUAUUUCGCAAAUAGCUAAGCCUCUGAGCAUUUCUACAUCAGCGCUAGGUAAUACAGUAUUGUCACGGGGGAGGGUACGGUACGAAGACUUUGGGCUGUGGUGGAGUGGUGUACAAGGAAUGGUGGCCAGACGUUCGGGCAGCACGUCUCGUAUUCGCUGCAAGCGGUUUUCACAACGGGCCCUGCUGACGGGGCCGAGUGUGGCAAAUACGGAUAGUUGCAGGCACCUGUGCAUCAAUGCUGUUUAGAAACUUCGAAGAUCAAGAUGCUGAAUACAAUAGUUAGUGAGUUUGCCAAAGUGUGUUCCCUCAUGACUGAAGGCCACAAUAAUACAAGUUUUCAGCGGCUUUCCUCAUAUGUGGAUAGAAAUCAAUGGAUUGGAGGAAAUCUACCCUUCCGGUUAUGAAUGGUGUAUGGCCAAUUAUGAGGACUGAGGAUCAUUGUUUCAUACAUCUUGUAGGGUCAUCACUUUCAUAUGAGCUGACCGUGAGAUAUUAUGUCU